AUGUCUUUGAUAUGUCCUGUAUGUCCUAAAGUGGUGCACACCCUGCCCACUUUGAAGUUUCACGUUCAAAAUGACCAUAAGACCAAUCUGUAUUCAAUGUUUGUAUGUAAAGUUGAAAACUGUGGACGUAUAUUUUCUAAAUAUAAUUCUUAUAGUUCCCAUGUAACAGUAUGUUAUGGCAAAGUAAGUAAACCUGUUGACUCUGCUACUUCUAUUACAUCUAUAGAUGUAGAUGAAAACAUUUCUUCUGUUUUUACCCCUCCAGAGCCAGAGGUGGUUGUAACUAAUUCUGACACUCCUAUAAAUAUUGUUACAUUAAACCAUGUUCUCAAAGCCAGUGCUGAUAAGUUUGUAGCCCAACUUUAUGCCAAACCCAAACUUCCUAGAAGUUAUGUGCAAAGUAUUGUCAAAGGUGUAUCAUCUUUUGUAUCAAUUUUUCAAUCUGAACUUAAGAAUUUGGUUAUUGAUACUUUGCAGGAAUGCCAAGCACCUUCAGAUAAAGUUGAUCAUAUUGCAAACAGUUUUGACUUGACUGUUAAUGCAUUCUCUCACUUGUCCACUGAGUACCGUCGAAUUCAGCAUUUUAUGAAGCUUGGUUCUUAUGUGCCACCUGUUUCGCACAAGAUAGGUGUUCUGAGUUCAUCUAAAUCAACUAAAUGUGGUAAAAAAUUAUGUUAUAAGUCUUAUUAUGUUCAUAGUAUCCCUUUGAAAAUUGUUCUAAAAAAAUUUCUUGAGUUGCCUGAUUGUUUUCAAACUAUGCUCGAUUACAUGAACUCAUUAAGUUUAGAAAGUGAUGCUAAGAAAGAGAAUUUCAUGCAAUGUAAAUUGUGGAAGGAGAAACGUUCAAGGUAUAAGGCAGAAGAUAUUGUAUUUCCAAUCAAUGUUUACUGUGAUAGUGUUGAAUCCAACAAUGCUCUAGGGUCACACAAAACACCUCUUGAAGCUGUGUAUGUGUCAUCACCAAGCCUCCCCCCUGAGUGUCAAUCAUCUUUGGAUAAUAUUUUUCUGGCACUUCUAUUUAAGAGUUCUUAUAAAAAGUUGUUUUCUCAUGAUAAACUUUUUGGUCCUUUGAUAUCAAUGUUAAUUUCUUUGGAAAAAGAUGGCAUUAUAGUGUCUACCAAGGAUGGUGAUAAAAAAGUUUAUUUUGUUACAAGUCUGCUCCUAGGAGAUAACAAGGGACUUAAUGACCUUUGUGGCAUUAUUGAUUGUUUUAGUGGUGGGUUCUUCUGCAGAUUUUGUAAAUGCAACAAGUCUGUUACUGAAACCCAAUGUGUUGAAGAUGCUUCUCUGUUAAGAACUGAAACUUCUUAUAAUGAAGAUGUUGCUAUUGGUGACCCCUCUUCCACAGGUGUUACUAAGCCAUGUGUUUUCAACAAAAUUCCAUCAUUUCAUGUAUCCAAAAAUUUUUCAGUGGACCAUUUUCAUGAUAUGGCUGAAGGAAUUUGUCAUUAUGUUGCUCUACAUUUGUUGAAGCACUGUAUACCAAAAUAUUUUUCAAUUGAGACUUUAAAUGACAGAAUUCGGGAUUUUAAUUAUGGUUGUCAUGAAUCUAACAAAAUUCCUCCAAUAUCAAGUUCAUUUGGUUCCAAUCGAAAACUUAAUAUGUCAGGAAGUGAAACUCUAAUGUUUGUAAGAUUGUUGGGCCUUAUAGUUGGUGAUCUGGUUCCUGAAGAUGACCCUUUUUGGAAAUUGCAUUUGAAGUUGAACCAGAUUUUGGAUAUUUGUCUUGCUAAGUCCCUUCCCUCCAAUACAGGUGCUAAGUUAAGGGUUUUAGUGAAAGAAUUUUGUACUAUGUAUGUGACUAUUACUGGUGAUACUCUUAAAGCCAAAAUGCAUUUUCUUUUGCAUUAUGCAUUAGCUUUUGAAAUGAGUUCAACUUUUGAGUCAAUGUCUACUAAAAGGUAUGAGAGUAAGCAUCGUGACUUGACUGUACCUGCCCAUGCCACUACUUCUCGGGUACAAAUCACUUUUACUCUCAGUAUGCGACAUCAACUGGCUCAAUGUUUUCGCUUUCUCUGUGGUGAUUCUAUUUUGCCUUCAAUGAAAAUAGGCCCAGGAGACAUUACUGAUUUAUCAGAUAUUGAAGGAUUUCUAAUGUUCAAAAAAACAUUACCGGAUUCUUUUGUUGAUUCUCUAUCUGUUCUCUGUGUCUCUUGGGUUGAAAUCAAAGGCACUGUGUAUAAGCCUGGACAGGUUCUGUUAGUGAGUGUUAAUUUAAACGGUCCUGUUUUUGCAGAGCUUCUAUCAAUAUUUGUGAGAGAUGAAACUGUAUCAUUUCUUGUGAAAUAUUUGCUUAAUAUUGGUCCCAAUGAACAUGUUCAUGCAUUUGCAGUCAGUUCUACUGAGUUUUUUGCCUGCAAGCAGCCAGAGACCUUGUAUGACCCACUUCCCCUCUCUAUCUAUAGAGAUGUUUCGGGUCAAAUGUAUGUUCCUCUCCGUUAUGGGUUGUGA